GUGAGCCCCUGCUCCUGGAGGUGCGCACAACUCUUCAUUCCUCGGCACAUCCUGAGAUCGUGGUGGUUGGCGGCCGCUAUGGCCUUGGCUCAAAGGAGUUCACGCCCAACUGCGUGCUCUCCAUCUUUGAGAAUUUGGCUCAGGACACCCCGAAGCCACGAUUCACCGUGGGCAUCAAUGAUGAUGUGACUCACCUGUCACUGCCGGUGGGGCCCUGGCUCAACGUGCUGCCGGAGGGCACCACAGAGUGCAUGUUCUAUGGGCUGGGUAGCGAUGGCACCGUGGGCGCAAACAAGUCUGCAGUCAAGAUGAUCGCAUUGGGCACAGAGCUCCACGCGCAGGCGUACUUUGAGUAUGACGCCAAAAAGAGUGGAGGGGUGACCAUCAGCCACUUGCGCUUUGGUCCCAAGCCUAUCCACGCCCCGUACAAUGUCCGUGCAGCUGACUACAUGGCCAUCCACAAGCAGAGCUACGUGCAGCAGUAUGAUAUGACCAGAUACCUGAAGCCGAAUGCCGUUUGCGUCAUCAACUGCUCCUGGGACGAGAGCGAGCUGGAGGCACAGCUACCGGCUAAGAUGCGCAAGGAUCUCGCAGCCAAGCAGGCCAAGCUCUUCAUCAUCGAUGCCACGAAGAUUGCAGUGAAGGCUGGCCUUGGAAAGCGCAUCAACAUGAUCAUGCAGACCGUCUUCUUCAAGCUCAGUGCGGUGAUGCCCUACGAGGAGGCCGUGGAGAUGCUGAAGAAGAGCAUCAAGAAGAUGUACGGCAAAAAGGGUGACAAAGUGGUGAACAUGAACAUCGCCGGUGUGGAUGCCGCCAUUGAUGGCAUCAUCGCCGUCAAGAUCCCCGCCUCCUGGGGCAACCUGUCAACCGACGAGGAGGCUGCCUCUGCCGCCGCUCGGCAAGUUGUCUACGCCAAGGGCCCCCGAAUGUUCCCGGAGGUGCAGGAUGCGGACCAAUUUGCCAAGCAGGUGCAGACCCCUUGCAACAGCCUGGACGGCAAUUCGCUGCCUGUGAGCGCCUUCGUGCCGGGUGGCCGCGUGCCAUGUGGCACCAGCCAGUACGAGAAGCGCGGAAUUGCGAUCAACGUGCCUGUCGUGGACAUGGACAAGUGCACGCAAUGCAACAAAUGCAGCCUCAUUUGUCCGCAUGCGGCUGUGCGGCCUUUCUUGAUGCAGCCUUCAAGGAGGGCAGCC